AUGGCAAUGCCGUUAGCCAAAAAGGCUGCCGCUCCACUUGUAACAGGAGCGUUAUCAGGAUUAGCCAGUCUCGGUGCGGAUAAGAUAUUCGGGAAAGGCCAACGAGGAGGAUUCCUUAUUCCAAUGGAUAAAAUAGCACAUUUGGUUGCAUACAAACAUUUACUGAACACAGGUCAGAAAAAAGAUGUUCUUAAGGCUCUCCAAACUGGCAACGGAUUAGUUAUCAGACCAACGAAAACACAGCAGGGCGGGGUUUUAGGAACUCUACUAGCGAGUAUAGGAAUCCCCAUGUUACUAAAUGCCUUGACGGGAAAAGGACUACAGGCUGACAGAACCGGUUCCGCUAAUACAACAUCUGUUUAUGUUCCC